AUGACCUCGCUCUGGGAUUCGCCGCUCGUCAACUCGGUGGCCUUCCACCCGCGCCGCCACGCGCAUGGCGCCGACCUCCCGCCGCAUGCCAUCGACGGCGUCUUUACCGAUGGCCACGUGUCGCUCGGCUACCGCUUCUUCCGCCCGCCGCAGCCCGAUGCCUACAGCGCGGUGGUCGUGCUCUUCCACGGCAACGCCGAGAUCGCCGCCGACUACGCGUCGGCCGCCACGACGCUCGCCGCCAUGGAGGUACCGACAGCGCUCCUUGCAGUUGACUUUCGCGGCUACGGCUGGAGCUCCGGCGAGCCUUCGGUGACGCGCCUUCUCGAGGACGCCGAGGUCGUCGACCGCUUGCUCCACACGGUGCCAUUGCUCAAGCCGGACGUGCCCCUUGUCUUGUUUGGCCGGUCCAUUGGGUCGCUCUGCGCGAUGCACGUGGCGGCCAAGGCGCCGACGCGGUACCGCGGCCUCAUCGUCGAGUCGGGCUUCCACUCGAUUUUGGCACUGCCCAUGGUCGCGCAAAUGGCCAACUUCAUGCCUGGUGGCGCCGCCAUGCUGCAGAUGCUGCCCGAGAUCUUUCACAUUCGCCAAAAGCUCCAGUCGCUCCACCUCCCCUUCCUUGUCAUCCACGGCGAGGACGACGAGAUCGCGCCAGUGCAGCAAGGUCGAGACCUCUACGAAGCAUGUGCCGCCUCGGUCAAGAAGCUCCAGCUCUUUCCCCGCGCCGGCCACAACGACCUGCAGCUCAAGUACCACCGCGACUACUACGCCUCGGUCCAAUGGCUUUUGCAAAAUGCGACUUCGACCGGCUCGGCACUUGACGCUGCGAUUGCCGCGCAUCAGUACGAGCGCGCGCUGCGUCUCGGAAAGGAAGCGCUGGCGUCCGACUCUGUCGACCACAUCGCAGUGCUGUCCAUUCUCGCCAAGGCUGCAUUUUGCCUCUACGAAGUCGAGAGCACGAUCAAGUACACGACGCAGCUCCUUCAGCGUGCGCCAAACGAUGUCAACGCACUCUGUCUACGGGCCAAGGCCCACUUGAAGCUGGGCGACCAGGCGGCGGCCCACGCCGACGCGAUCCAACUGAGCCACGUGCUCGUAGGCAAUGGCGUCCCACAAGACGCGAGCGUUGCAGCGGCGCUCCUGGCCAUCCAUUUUUGGACGAUUCAGUAG